GAGCAAAUAACACAAAGUCACGACACACUCUCUUUCUAAUUUUCCCGCCAGCCACAGAAGCCAUGGGAAUCGAUGGAGAAGAAGCUCUUCUACAGAGAAAGCAGUCUACUUAUCUCUCUCUGGAUGAGACGUUUGAAAUACGAAAAGAGACGUAUAGAGGCCAGCAAUACAGCCAAAUUUACUUUGCUCGUUUGCACUUGAUGAGAACUCUACUUUACUCUCUUGUUCCCAAUUGGAAACCCAGUUUGCCAGUUUGUACAGUAUUAGAACUGGAAGGAGGCAAGGAAUGCAUCAUUGUUGGGACCCUUUACAAGCAUAUGAAACUCAAACCUUCGAUUCUUGACGAGUACUCGAAGGAGAGAUCUGCAACUCCACUUGUUAAGCCUCAUAAUUUUAUGCAUCCCGAUGAUCAUCUAGUUUUGGAAGAUGAGAGUGGAAGGGUUAAACUCAGUGGGACUAUGCUUUUGCCUUCAGCAUAUGUAACAGGCCUUGUUGUCGCUUUACAUGGAAAGGAAACUGGUGCUGGUGAUUUCUUGGUCCUAGAGAUCUUAGAAGCUGGCCUAGCACCCCAGAUAGAGUUACCACUUAAAUCAAGAGAAGACAAGUAUGUUGUUCUUGUGUCAGGGUUGAGUAUUGGCAGCAGCACAUCUAAUCCCCUUCAGUUUCAGCUUCUUGUUGAUCAUAUAACAGGACAUCUGGGAGAUGAAAAGCAACAAGAUAUUGCAGCACAGAUAGUUCAUGUCGUAAUUGCUGGAAACUCAGUUGAAAUACCUCAUGGACUUCUAAAUAAUUUGGCAUCAAAAGAUCAAUCAAGCCAUUCUGAUCCAAUCCAAGAGCUAGAUAUCCUGUUAACUCAGAUCGCUGCAGGUGUCCCUUUGGAUAUCAUGCCUGGAGUUAAUGAUCCAGCGAACUUUUCUUUACCUCAGCAGGCCUUGAACAGAUGCCUUUUCCCUGGGUCUGCAGCAUAUAACACGUUUAGGUCGUGUACUAAUCCUCAUUGCUUUGAGCUUGACAAUAUUAGAUUUCUUGGAACAUCAGGUCAGAACAUAGAUGAUCUUCAGAAAUACUCAGAGGCGAAGGAUCAGCUUGAAUUUAUGGAAAGGACAUUGAAGUGGAGGCAUCUGGCACCAACGGCACCUAAUACUCUUGGAUGUUACCCUUUCACUGAUAGGGAUCCAUUCAUGAUUGAGAGCUGUCCUCAUGUUUACUUUGCUGGUAAUAUGGAUAAAUAUGAUACUCACUUACUCAAGGGAUCAGAAGGGCAAUUGGUAAGACUCGUUUCUAUACCUAAAUUCAGCAAAACUGGAAUAGCUGUGGUGGUUAAUCUGCGAAAUCUCGAAUGUCACACUCUGAGUUUUGGGACUCAAUUCAGUUCAUAGUGACAUGGUGCGAGAAUUUUGAUACGCCUUCACUUUGAGUCACAAGUUUUAUUGAAUCGGCGAACCAUACACAGGAGGACAUUCCGUUUAACAUGAAGGCGAAUGAACCAAAUUCAGAGGCAUAAUGUAAUGUUUGCUUGUAGAUUUCUUAUCAAUUAGUAAAAUUAGAUCUUUAUGUUAUUUAGCUUGAGAAUUCUGGGAUACUUCUGUAAGAGUGUUACCUAUGCUAAGGCUCAGAUAAUUGAUGGCAAAAUGUCAACCUUAUAUUUGUUUUUCAA